AUGAAGGACUCGCGCGCGAGCAAGAGGAGAAGGGUGUCGAAUGUACAGGCCGUGGAUGAAGAUGGAGAUGUGGAAAUGCGCGAUGAUACUAUCAAUGCUCCGACAGGCCAGUCGCAACCUACGCCAGAUAAGAAUUCCAAGGCAGUGACCGAAGCGGAGGAGGCGCACCCGGUUGACGAGCAACCAAGAUCACCGCCAGUUUCUGCGCGAUCGAAACGCCGACGAUCCUCCCAAGGUGCUCCAGCGGUGGAGGAUGACAACGCCCACAACAACAAAGCUGAAGAGACGGUUGCAACAGAGACCCCGUCGCGAGCUGGAGUACGGUCAAGUGGUCGGCAGCGAAAAGUGCCCAAACGUUAUGGAGACGAGAUCGUGGAGACGCCAUCGGGCAAGGGCGCGGCGGCGUCGACGCCGAGGCAGAAUGGAUCCACAACUAAGAGUGCCCGGAGAGCGAAAUACGUGUCGGCGUCAGAAGAUGACG